UAUUAUCUCAAUCUAGAGCCAUUCUAUACAAAUCAUGAUUAAAAUAGUUUGGCAAACUUAAAAAAGAAGAAGAAAAUAUCAAUUUAAAAAGUCAAAGAGCUCCAUGUGAAAUCUGUAAAGCAACCUUUCUGUUUUUCUGUGUGUGUGUGUGCUCCUUCCCUCUACUAAAUAAAGUCUAUAAAUAUGUACAAGCUGUUCUAAGAAAAAUUAAAACCCCAAAUCCCAAUAAAUUCUACUUUUUUCUCUCAUAAUAAACUCUGUCUGAGCCUAGAAAUCCAGCAUCACCAUCCUCUAUUUCAAAGCUUCAUUGUUAUCUUCUUCUUUGAUCUCUUGUUCAAACACAACUAUUACCUUUUUUCUUCUUGUUAUACUCCAAGAAACCAGGAAGAUUUCUAGUUCUAACAAUCUCAUUCUUAGAGUUUGAAAAAAUGGAAGAAAAUAAUAAUAAUUUUCAGACAAAAUUCAGUCCCAAGAUUUCAGAAAUCAGAGCAUCUCUUUCUCAGAUCAUAUUAGCAGGAGGACCAAACACACUCGACUCUGUCUUCUCAUUUCUCGCCACUUCCUCCGCCACAACAUCCCUCGCCACUCUCAACCCUCCACCACCGCAGCUCGGCUCCUCCGUCUACCUCCAGCAGCGAGAUUUUAUCGAAAGCUUCCACCUUCAAAACAGAGCAAUCUCCACUCUUCCUCCUCCUCCUCUGUUCGAUCAUCAAACUUCUCCAGCCGCAGCUUUCGCCGCCGCGUUAGCGGCAGGGAGGACAGCGAAAAAGAAGAAGCUUUACAGAGGAGUGAGACAGAGACACUGGGGAAAAUGGGUUGCGGAGAUAAGACUCCCGCAGAACAGAAUGAGGGUUUGGUUAGGUACUUACGAAACAGCGGAAGCAGCCGCCUAUGCUUAUGACCGCGCCGCUUAUAAGCUCCGUGGAGAAUACGCUCGUCUCAACUUCCCGAAUCUCAAGGACCCCAGUGAGCUGCUCGGGCUCGGAGAUUCCUCUAAGCUUAUUGCUCUCAAAAACGCAGUGGACGGGAAGAUACAAACGAUUUGUCAGAGAGUCAGAAGAGAGAGAGCUAAAAAGAGCGGAAAAACGAGUAAAGAUUCUUCAUCCUCGCCGGAGACUCUGUCUUCUCCGGCGGAAACUGCCACUGCGGUGAAUUCAGAGGAUAGCUACUGGAGUUCGCAGAUGGGUCUGUGGAAUAGCGAGAAUAGUUCUCCUGCGUCAGUUUCUAUCUCAGAUGAAGUUCCGGCGACUUUAAUGGCGGCGGCGGGGGAAGAGACGAUGAUGGAUACUGAAGGGUUUUUGCUUGCGAGGAUGCCUUCGUUUGAUCCAGAGCUUAUUUGGGAAGUUCUCGCCAAUUAAAUCACACAAAACUACGGAAGUAGAAAGAUAACUUGGGGAUCAAGACAUAUGAUGAGAAGAUUAGGGUUUUGUGUGUGAAUUAGGGCAUAAGGUGAACCGGAUAUUUGUUAAAAAAAAAUCAUUCAGAAGCUGUUGAGUAAUGGAUAUAUUAGGGUUUUUAAUUAAGAUUAAAGCCUCGUGGUUUUUGAGAGAGGUUGUGAAAGCUCCUUUUUUGAAGUUAUAUUGUAAUCAUCCAAGGACUUUCUUAUUGUACUUUGAACAAGUAUUAUAAUGUAACAAUUUUUAGUUGAGCAAAAGCUUCUGG